AUGAGUUCAGGUGUAGUCAAAAGAACAUACGAGUGCUUAUAUACGCAUCAAAAAAUUCAAAAGAGUAAAAAAUGGCAAGACGGAUUUUGUGAAAUAAUAACUAGCCAUGGCUCGACAAAAAUAAAUCUAUUAAACCUAAAUAGAGUAUGCAUAGAAAGUUCACUUGGGAGUAUAAUAAACUUUCAAAAUAUUGAAGAAGAAAUUGAGUUAAACUAUCACUUAGUUCGUUUUGUUGACAUAAGUACAUACACUGAAAAUGAAAUAAAAAACGAAUCAACGAAAAAAAGAGCAAACGAGUUACUUCUAGAGGAAAAGGGAAAUAUAAGCAUACAGAAGAAAAAAAAAAAAAAAGAAAAAAAAGAAAUUUGCUAUUCCAGUUCAUAUGAUGUAGAGGAUCAAAAGGGAAUAGAAGGAGAACCUUCUAGUGAAAAAGAAGAGGAACUACCAAAUGGUAAAAAUUGGUUAUGCCGUAAUAAGACGCUAGACAGGUAUGCACGUAUAAAUAGAAAAUUCGAAGUACCAAGAGAAGUAAGUUCAUGUGGGGAUGGAAAUCAAGUGAAAAGAAGGCGAACAGUGGAGGAGUGGAAAAACACUGAUGAAGAGGACGGUGAAAGUGUAAAUGGGAAAACGAAAAAAGGAAGAGAUAAGAAGAUUGAGGGGGUAGAAGAAAAGCAGGUAUCAAGGGAAGGGACAAAACUAAUCAAUAUUACAUACACCAAAACAUAUUUUUUUAAUAAAAAGAAAAACGUAAAGUGGUUUGAUGGGUAUAUAAUAGAGAAACAAAAUAUAUUAGAAUUAUAUAAUUAUUCUAAGGAAAAAUUAUUUACAGAGAAAAAAAAAAAUGUGAUAAAUGAAGAAUAUAUUCCAUUUGGAAAGUACAUCGUCUAUAAUGAUUUUUUAUGUAAAUCGGACAAAGAGGAUGAUACGUAUGAGCAAUUGGAAUAUUCCUUUUCAAGGAAUAAUAAUAGCAUUAACAAUAACAUAUUAUGUAAGAACUUGCACGAUAUCUCAAACAGAGUGAUUAACAGAAUCAGAGAGCCCAAUGAUAUAUACAAUGCUCCAGAUAUGAAAAAGAAAAAGUACACAGAAAGAAAUACUAUAAAUGUAGAUACAAACGUAGACAUAAACAAUAACAUGCACAGGUAUCAAAGCUCGAGUAAUACUUCCAAUAAAUCUUAUCAUGAUGAUACAAAAAAUUACUAUAAUAACCAUACGUGUGCAGAGUAUGGCCAAAUGCAUUCUUUAAGUAAAUGGGGAAAUGAUAGCCACUCUACUUUAGAAGAUCUCUACAAUGAACCACAUGAUAAAGGAAAAAAAGAAAAAAAAAGAGGAUAUUUAAGGCGGAAUAAUACACAUACACAUACAUAUAUUACACAUAAAGAUCAAGACGAAUUCCCGCUAUAUCAUAAUAACGAAGAUAGGAUUAAUGAAAUGUUCCUCUGUAGUGAAAACAGCCAAAAUAAUGACAAAUAUGAAGAAAUUAUUAACAUAGGGAAAAUGGCCAGCAAAAAUAAUUUUUCAAGCUUGAAUAUUUUUAAUAAUCCUUUGUGCAAGCACAUGAGCUCUGGCUUGGGGAAGGACCACCAAGUUUUUGAAGCAGACGAAGCGGAAGAAGUAGAUGUAUCAAAUGGAGUAGAGUUAUCGAAUGAAGUGGAUGUAUCGAAUGAAGUGGAUGUAUCGGAUAGAGUGGACGUAUCGUAUAGAGUGGACGUAUCGGAUAGAGUGGAUGUAUCGGAUAGAGUGGAUGUAUCGGAUAGAGUGGAUGUAUCGGAUAGAGUGGAUGUAUCGGAUAGAGUGGACGUAUCGGAUAGAGUGGACGUAUCGGAUGGGAUGGACGAAUCAAAUGGAGUUAAGAAGUCGGAUGGAGGCCCCCCUCGAUCAUGGCGGAACAUAUUAGACAGCAAUGAUAGCAUUGUCAACAGCGUCAAUAUUAGCGGCUUGGAAGAUGGGGACCUCCGAAGCGUAACGACUAAAAAACGAAAUGGUAUCAGUUUCGUAAAUAAAUCAAUGGAAAAAGCGUACUACAACAACGAAGAAAACAUUCUUAGUAGCAUCGUAUGUAAGGAACACACUCAAACAAUUAUAAAAAAAGAAACAAGCAAAAAUGAAGAACUACUGACUUGGGAAGAUGCCUCUUCAUUGAAAGAAAAGAAAAAGGGCUCCUUUCACUAUUUGAACAUAUACGAAAUAAAAAAUAUGAAUACAUUUAUUUUUGAGAACGCUAACUUUUACGCUAAGGAUAUGGAAGAUGUUAAUAAAAGUAACUUGUUCUUACCUAUAUAUAUAACCAUUUUAACAAACAAAAUGUGUAUAAAAAAUAAAUUAAAUGAAUUAAAAUAUUUUAAAAUUCCAAAUUUUUUCCUGAACAAGUCAGAAUAUAUUUACUAUUUUAUGAAUGGUAUUCUUUUUCAAAUUUAUUAUGAUGUAAUAAAUAAACUGUUGUGUCUUCAUAGUUAUUUGGUGUCUUUUCUAAGUGGAUUGACUGGUAGGAAAAACGAUUCGAAGUAUGUAAAGGGUAAUCAAGAGGAGAAUGAAGUCAUUAACAAUUUAAGGAAAAAAGAGGAUUAUCAAGUUGAUGAAGGAAUAAGAAGAGCAGUAAACAGCAGUAUAUGUGCUGAUAAUAAUAGUGGACAUAAUUCCUUAUCAUUUUUGAGGGAGGAAAAAAGGAGAAAAUAUAAAUAUGCAGAUGAUGAUUAUGUGUUGUUAUUUCAAGGAGUGAAGGUAGUUUGCACUGUGUCUGAUAAGGGGAACAGGGUUAGCGGUAUGGUUAGUACCAUGGUUCGUAGCAGGAUUGGCGGAAGGGUCGGGAGUACAAGUUAUGGUAGCCAUAACGACUGCAGUUUGGGGUGCAAAUUCUUCCUGAACGUAACAACAAAUAGCUGUUUUGUAAUAGAAAAGAAUGGAAGUAGGUUUAUGCAAGAGGGGAGUAAAUAUGUCCAUAUGCAUCAUGUAAUUAUUUUGAGUAGAGACAAUAAUUAUUUCGAUAAUAACAAUUUGUUGAUAUUUAUUACCAAGUGGAGUUCUUUUAAAAAUAAUUAUUUAGAAAUAUAUCCUUUAAAUUUUCAAACGUAUACAUACAUGAACGAACUAUUUGAUAAGGAGAAAAUUAGGACAACGAAAAAGUGUAUUUAUUUUUUAAGGAGGUACAAAAAAGUAAUAUUUCCAUCCUGUUUGUUUUUUAUUACGUUAUAUGAAUAUAUGGAACAUAUGAAGUUUCUCUUUUAUCUUUAUAAAAGUGUACAUGAUGUGAGUCUCUACAAUUUUAUUUGGACCAAGUUAGGAAUAAUAAAUUGCACUGAGUAUUGCUCUGACCAAUGUACUUUGUUACAAUAUGUCAGUGGGAGCUACAAAAGAGAGUUAACACAAAAACUCAGCAGUGAUAAGAAGUUAAACAGGAAGCAGAAGCAAAUCAUUAGGAGUGUUCUUAACUGGUUUGUGUGUACGGACAGAGAGAAAGAUCCAAUUGGGGGGAAGCAAAUUGAGAAUGACCCAAAUGAGAUUUACCAAGGCCAGUGUAACCAAAGUGAGAAAGAGAAGGAAAAUACACAUGUACAUAAUCAAAGUUUCCCUGUUAGUACCAUCCAAAUGAAUAUGGUUCAACAGGACAGAAGUAACACCUUACUGGUUAAUGGAAUUUUUGGGUCAGGAAAAAGUACGCUCAUCUGCCAUAUCAUUUGUUACUUAGAUAAGUUAUUGACCUGUGAGGAGAAGCUAGCCAAAAGAAACAAAAAUGGAAUAAGUGUAAGUGAUGGAGGGGAUAAGAAUGACCCCAGUAGAGAUGACCACGAGCACAGGGACGGCAAAAGAAUCAACAGAAGCAGCAGCAGCAGUAGUAGUAGUAGCUCAAGCGGAGGCAGUGACGAAGUAACAAGAGAUGACAAUAAAAAAAAGAGUAAAAAUAAGAUUAAAAAUAAUGAUAUGUAUAAUGAUGAAUAUAAUGAUAAAUAUAAUCUUAAAUGUAGUAAUAAAUAUAAUAAUAAAUGUAAUAAUAAAUGCAAUAAUAAAUGUAAUAAUAAAUGCAAUAAUAAAUGUAAUAAUAAAUGCAAUAAUAAAUGUAAUAAUAAAUGUAAUAAUAAAUGUAAUAAUAAAUGCAAUAAUAAAUGUAAUAAUAAAUGUAAUAAUAAAUGUAAUAAUAAAUGUAAUAAUAAACAUAUUAAUAAACAUAAGAAUCGGGAGAAGACAAAAAUUUUACUCAUGUGCAACACCAAUUUUGGAGUGGACAAUAUUCUGCUAAAAUUAAAACUCGAUUUUGAAUUUUAUGACUUUGCAAGGAUAGGAAAUAUAUAUGAAGUAAAUUUUUUUUUAAUUACAAAUUUUAUUAGCAUAAAUUCGAAGGACGAUAAGAAUGCAGAACAGAUGAAGAGAUAUUUAGAAAGUAUGACGAACAAGAAAGGGGGAAAUGGCAGUACAGAAGGUACAGAUAUAGAAUCCACGUUUUUGAAAAAGAGAAUUACAACGAUUAACAAUCAUAAGGAUAAUAAUUACAACAAUUUUAGAGGAAAAAAGGAAGAGGAAUCUGUACCGGUGUCCCUAUCAGGGAAGAAAAAGAUUAACGGAAACAGAAUCGACCAUAAUAACAGCAGUGAGAGCAGAAAUAGUUGUUACGAUAAUGGUAAGACGAGCAAAAGGAGUGCAAAGGAAUUGCAUAAAAUAAAAAAUGUAGACACACUGAUAAGCGUGUUGAAGAGAAAAAGAGAAUUCGUUUUUAGAAAUAAAUACAAAAACAAAAGAGUUAUAGCUGGAACAUGCAAAAGUUUACACAUCUUUGAAAAAUUAAAUUCUAUUAAGAACAGUAUUAAUUAUUUAAUUGUUGAUGAGUGCACACAAAUUGAUGAACUAACUCUUUUAAAAUUUCUUAUAAAAUAUUCAAUAGAUAAAUUUAUUCUAAUUGGUGAUAUUAAACAGUUGAGUUUCGUUUUGAAAAGUAGGAGUGACUUGACGCGUAGCAUGUUUGCUAGACUUAUUGAAAACGAGCUCUUUAUUAAGUAUUAUAUCAUGCAGGGUAAGGAGGAAAGAGUGAAGAACAUGCAGCGUGGUGAGAUAAGGAGCCAUGGGUAUAGUGGAAGUGGCGAUCAUCGUUAUGAUGAUGACUCUUACCCUGACGACCAGCUAGACCUAGACGACAUAAAAAGAGAAAUAAUAAAUCUAAAUCAAGUAGAAUAUUCAAUCUUAAGAAGUAACAUAUAUAAACAUAUGUUUGAUUUACAUGAGGAAAAAAGGGAUAAUACAUUUCAACAUGUACAAGUCAGGCGAAAGGGUAAAAAUAAGGGUACCGACAUACAACCUUUACCUUUUAUUAAUAAACUAAUUAUUAUGAACAAGCAAUAUAGAUGUCAUCCUACAAUAAGUAAUAUAUGUAGUUACUUAUUUUACAAUAAUUAUAUAGUAAAUGCAAAAUGUACAAAGAAUAUUAAAUUAUAUUAUAAUAAAUACGAUUCACAUGUAAAUUUAAUAUUGAUAAGAAGACAGACAAACAGAGAAAUACAGUAUAACAACUAUUCUUCAUUUAUUAAUAUUUUAGAAGCCAAUAUAAUCUUAAAUAUAUGUGAGAGUAUGAUAAAUAACAAUGUGACACCUAAUGAUAUUGGCAUAAUUUCAUUUUUUAAAAAUCAGGCUAACUAUAUUAAAAAUAAAAUGAAAGAAUCCAAAAAUUAUGACCAUCUAAAAAGAAUAAAAGUAAGUACAGUUGAUUCUUUUCAAGGAAUUGAGAAGGAAAUAAUUUUAUUUUCUUGUGUGCUGAGCUCCUUUUCACGUGAUAAUUACAGUGUAAGGGAAAUAGAAAACAAAAAUAAUACAUGUGUGGCGGAAAAAAGGGUUAUCUGCUCAGAGAAAGGUAGUACUACCAGUAUUACUAAUUCAUCGGAGUAUGUUAACAAAGAAAUAUUUUUUGCAUAUGACAAUAACUCCUUCGAAUCGUUCUAUGAAAAUAAGAACAGGAUAAACGUUGCACUGAGUAGAGCUAAAAGCCAGCUAAUAAUCAUUGCUCACAAUAAUUUUGUCGAAAAGAGUCAUGUGUGGAGUUACAUCAAGGAGAAGGCGCGCGUUUACUACUACGAUUAG